AUGGAGGAUGGAUCUGAAAGGCCAAAAGCCUUUGCGUCGCGUUCUCUCUCAAAAUCGGAACGCAAUUAUUCUCAAAUAGACAAAGAGGCACUUGGGAUAGUUUGGGGAGUAAAGAAAUUCUACCAGUAUCUGUAUGGGCGUCUGUUCAUUUUACUGACGGAUCAUCAGCCGUUGACGUCUAUAUUUCACCCAGAGAAGGGGAUCCCAAUGACAACUGCAGCUAGACUUCAACGCUAUGCCCUAUUUUUGGCAGGAUUCCAAUAUGACAUCAAGUACAAGAGUACAAGACAUGCAAAUGCAGAUUGUUUGUCGCGAUUACCCUUGGUCUCUAAGCAGGAGACAGAAGGAGACACUGUCGAGACGUUCAUAGUGUCUCAUAUGGAUACUCUCCCGGUAACUAGCAAGGAAAUCUCACGAGAAACUUUAAAAGACCCAACCCUGUCAAAAGUGUACACCACUGUACAGCGAGGGUGGAUCGAGGGUGAAGAUAAAUGCUUAGGCAUAUUCUACAACAAGCGUGUGGAAAUAAGCAUUCAUCAGAACUGUCUGUUUUGGGGUAUACGUGUUAUUGUCCCCAGUGCACUCAGGCAAAGAGUGCUAGACGAGUUACAUGAAGGACAUGUCGGCGUGGUAAAGAUGAAAGGCUUAGCAAGAAGCUAUGUCUGGUGGCCGGGCAUUGACACAGACAUUGAACACGUUUGUAAAUCUUGUACAGGAUGCCAGGAGGUCAAGCAUGCGCCACCCGCCGCACCUAUUCACCCAUGGGAAUGGCCGUCCAUUCCCUGGCAGCGUAUUCAUAUAGACUUUGCAGGCCCAUUCCUCGACAUGAUGUUUUUUGUGGCAGUCGAUGCCCAUUCAAAAUGGCCUGAAGUGGUUCCGAUGAAAAUGACCACAGCAGAGAAAAAUGUGGAGGUGAUGCGAGAGAUAUUCAGCAGAAACGGAGUCCCAGCUCAGGUAGUGAGCGAUAAUGGCCCCCAGUUCGUAUCGGAACAUUUUUCCAAUUUCAUGAGGUGUAAUGGAAUUAAACACACAACAUCAGCUCCAUAUCAUCCAAGCACUAACGGUCUCGCGGAGCGUUUUGUCCAGUCUUUCAAAGGUGCAAUGAAAGCAAGCAAGAAGGACUCUGGUUCAGUACAGAAAAGGCUGGCCAACUUUCUAUUGGCAUAUAGAAACAGUAAACAUAUGACCACGAAUGAGACCCCAGCAAAGCUCUUCAUUGGACGUAACUUACCGUCGCGGCUUGAUUUGAUCAAACCGGAUAUAAGACGACGCGUUGAUGAACAACGCUGGAAACAAGAAUCCAAGCGACAGGUUCCUUGUAGAUCAUUCUCUGUUGGAGAGCCGGUAUCUAUACGUGACUAUUGUGGUUCACAGAAAUGGAUUUAUGGCAAGGUUGCAGAGAAGACGGGCCCGGUCUCGUACAAAGUUGAAAUUGCACCAGGUGUAUUUUGGCGUAGACAUUUGGACCAGCUUCGUGCUACAGAGGUGGUCGAGAAACCAUCAGAAGUCAACUUACCUGUUAAAGGAGAUGUUACACCCAACUCUCCAACAGUCUUACUGGAAAAUACAGUCAGUAACAAGUCAAGAGUCAUCGACAACAGUGUGUCGUCAGUACCAUCAACAAUGUGUCAAGAGUCGUCAAGUGAAGUCAGUUCACCGUCUCCUGUCAUUGAGCCUUGUCCGACGCCAGAGAAUAUGUUGACGCCGAAGCGGCGUUAUCCACGUCGCAACAUCGUUCCACCAAAGAAGCUUCAAGACUUUGUUACGACCUAG